CAAACAAUAAUAAUAAUUAGCACCAAGAUUCCCUCUCUCACAAUUUAUAAUCCCAUCCCUUUCCUUCCCAAAAUCCAAUUAAUCUUCCUCCUCUUCGCUCUCUCGAUUUCUCUAUCUCUCUGUUCCUUAAUCUUGUUCUUCGUCCGAAUUGAUCAAGCACAGAGCACAGUGUGGAUCCCUGCUUCAUGGAUCGAUCAACACUCCAACGGCAGCCACCGCCGCCGCUGGUGGUGUUGAUUUUACUGGGGUGGCUUACGUUGAGAUCGGCGGCGGGAAUCGAGUGGGACGGGGUAGCGAUCACCCAGACCAACCUCCAGGGGUUGCAGGCCAUCAAGGCUGAGUUCGCCGACCGCCGGGGCGUUCUCCGGAGCUGGAACGGCACUGGCAUUGACGCCUGCACCGGCGCCUGGGUCGGCAUUAAGUGUGUCCGUGGCCAGGUGAUCGCCCUCCAGCUUCCCUGGCGAGGCCUCACCGGCCGCCUCUCCGAUAAGAUCGGCCAGCUCACUGCCCUCCGCAAGCUCAACCUCCACGACAAUGCUAUCGGUGGGCCUAUCCCGUCUGCUCUAGGUGGCCUCCGUGACCUCCGCGGUGUCUAUUUGUUCAACAACCGCUUCACCGGCGGCGUGCCACAGUCCAUUGCGGGAUGCAUCCUUCUACAGACGCUCGACCUCAGCAACAAUACGCUCUCCGGUAGCAUCCCUGCCGCCAUCGCCAAUAAUUCCAGGCUCAUUAGGCUCAAUUUGAGCUACAACGACAUCUCUGGUUCGAUACCUGUAGCCGUCACUCGUCUCCCUGCUCUUGUGUUCCUCUCCCUCGAAUACAACAACCUCUCCGGCUCUGUUCCUGACACAUGGGGAAGCAACAAGAGCAAUGGAUCAGCUUUCCAGCUCAAAAGCUUGCAUCUCGAACACAAUUUCCUCUCCGGCAGCAUUCCAAUCUCCCUCUCUCGCCUUCGGAUGUUGGAAGACAUUUCUCUCAGCAACAAUGAGCUACAAGGCAGCAUUCCUGAAGAAUUCGGGACGUUUCCGAGGCUAAAAACGCUCGAUCUCUCCAACAACUCCAUUGCCGGAAGCUUCCCUGCUUCGCUUUGCAACCUGUCGUCCUUGGUCGAGCUCAAACUCCAAGGUAACUUUCUCAAAAGCCCAAUCCCAGAGUCCAUCGAUGGUUUAAAGAAUCUAUCUUUAUUAGAUCUUAAACGAAACCAAUUCAAUGGUACAAUCCCUCCCACCUUGGGGAACAUCUCCGACCUCUCUCUGCUGAAUUUAGCGGAGAACAACCUCACCGGAGGAAUUCCCUCUUCCAUUGAUAACCUCACAAGCCUCGCCUUCUUCGAUGUGUCCUACAACAAUUUAUCCGGCCCUGUUCCUGUUCUUCUCUCUGAAAAGUUCAAUUCGAGCUCUUUUAUUGGAAACCUCCAGCUCUGCGGUUACAGUGCCUCAACUCCAUGUCCUUCUGCUCCUCCAACGUUUCCACCGUUUCCCUCCACCGCGCAGGAGCUGCGCAGCCGAAGGAAACUCAGUUCGAAGGCUCUAAUACUCAUAGCCGUGGGGAUCGUCCUCGCGCUCCUCUUCAUCCUCUUCUCCGUUCUUUUCUGCUGCAUGAUCAGAAGUAGAGCUUCAAAACAGAGCAAGGCAAGAGAUGUGGCGGGCGGGAGAGGCGAGAAGCCAGGGACGGAGACCAGUGGGACUGAAGUAGAGGCGGGCGGGGACGCUGGAGGUAAGCUGGUUCAUUUCGACGGCCCGAUGGCCUUCACUGCCGACGAUCUCCUGUGCGCCACCGCUGAGAUCAUGGGGAAGAGCACUUUCGGGACCGUCUAUAAGGCGACGCUGGAGGACGGGAGCCAAGUCGCGGUUAAGCGGCUUAGAGAGAAGAUCGCGAAGGGUCAGAAGGAGUUCGAGGCGGAGGUCGGCGUUCUUGGGAAAAUCCGGCACCCCAACCUGUUAGCUAUGAGGGCCUUCUACUUGGGGCCUAAAGGGGAGAAGCUUCUUGUCUUCGAUUUCAUGCCCAAAGGAAGCCUCGCAGCUUUUCUGCACGCUCGAGCGCCAGAUAGCAUGGUGGACUGGCCGACAAGGAUUACGAUCGCCAUGGGAGUAACCCGGGGCCUGCACCACCUCCACACCGAGCUCAACAUCGUCCACGGCAACCUCACUAGUACCAACGUGCUCCUAGACGACAACUGCAACGCCAGGAUCAGCGACUUCGGCCUUGGCCGCCUCAUGACUGGCGCCGCCAGCUCCAACGUCGCCGCCGCCGCGAGCGCGCUCGGGUACCGUGCGCCCGAGCUGUCCAAGCUCAAGAAGGCCAACGCGAAGAGCGACGUGUACAGCCUCGGCGUGAUCCUGCUGGAGCUGCUGACCGGGAAGUCACCGGCGGACUCGACCAACGGCAUGGAUCUGCCGCAGUGGGUGGCGUCUAUAGUGAAGGAGGAGUGGACCAACGAGGUGUUCGAUACUGAGCUGAUGAGGGACGCAGCGGCGGGGACGGCUACCGGCGACGAGCUGCUCAAUACGCUGAAACUGGCGCUGCACUGCGUCGACCCCUCGCCGGCAGCAAGGCCGGAGGCGCAGCAGGUGAUGCAGCAGCUGGAGGAGAUCAUGCCGGAGUUGGCAGAGCCUUCCAAGGCUGAGCCGGAAGCACCGAAGGCCGAUGAAUAAAAGUCAGAUAUUUGUUAUAAUUAUCAAUAAUUAUAUUUGAGUGAUUUUAUUAUUAAUUUUAGGCUUCGGGUUAAGGCCAUUGUUUAUACAUAUCGGUUCUUGAUAUUCUUUUCCAAUUUUUAGUUAUUAUAUGGCGUCAUCGGUUGAAUAGAACAUUAAAUUCAUGUAACGGCAAUAAUGGUAUUUUGACUAAUUUGAGAUUUAUAUAUUGAAUUUCUAUAAA